AUGGCGACGUCAGACCAGACCCGAACGUUCAACAAACUGCGCGCACUCCAAGAGGCGAGGGCGGGUCGUCGAAAGAGCACAAAAGGCUGCGGGGAGUUGAUGCGAGUCCUCAGACAGCAGCGCGUGUAUGUGGACGAAAGCGCGAUUCACUUCGUGUCGGAGGCUCGCGCAGGCCCACGAGCGGACGCCCGUAACUCGGUGUUCAAGCUGAGACCGGAUUUCGAGGCCUUGCCGGAGAAGGAGAGCGAAAGCCGCCUCCGGAAGGUUUUUUCGGGCAUCCAGGGACAGAACGACGACUCUGGAGACGAAGGGUGGGAACAUAAGUUCGCAGACGUCCCUGAUGCACUAAGGACUGAGAGAGGCAAGUCCAUCUUCGCUGAGCAGAACCGCGAGCAGCUUUUGGACGCAAUAGCCAAUAUUGAGGCGGAGGCUGAGCAGCUGCCUGAGGAUAUCGUCACUCGCGAGCAACUCGAUGACGCCGCAGUCGUUGAUCAAGCCAUUAAGCGAUACAGCGUCGCCCCUGGGCUCCAAGAUCCCCAGCAGCGCGAACAGCUUGCCAAAAUCGCCGAACACGCUGCCCAGUCCGCCGGAGACGACUUCGACGAGAAUGACGACGAAGACGAAGAUGACGAUGAUUUUACUAUCGACGAUGUGAACACUCUCAACGAUAUGCAACGCGAAUUCGUCGGAAACAACCUUCUUUCCUGGAUGGCGAGCAUGGAGGCUGGAUACGCGCACGGCGUGAUCCUCGUCAAGGUCAACGCUCUCGGAGUGGGCUUCAUUCGAAACGUUACAAUCAAGGAUUUCCGCAUGACCAUCUCGCAGCCCCACAACUUCCUCAACAAGAGCAUCAACCCUCGAACCGCCGCUCUCACGUCCAUUGAAUCCGUCCAGCUCGGAAGGGCAUCACGGGAAUUCCAAGCCAUGGAGAAACGCGUCAAAGACGGCCUGGAGGCGAAGGAAAACUUCCCGUCACCCAAGCUCUGCACGGUCGUUCACCUUCCUGCCGGCCGGACUCUCUCGCUCGUCUUCGUGCAAGAAGAGCAGCGGAACGGCUUCGUCUUCUUCCUGCGCGUCUUGUUGCAGAAGGCAAGGGAAGCGGCAGCGGCGUGA